AUGAUUUACGAAUUUUUCAAUGCAAUUGUACCAUUUCCUAAACAGUAUAAGAAGUUUACGACGUUUACGCGUGAACCAAGCAAAUAUUUAGAUAAUGAUUAUAGUUUUUUUUUCAAUUCAUUGUGCACAAGAUCAGUUACUAACAAAUUCAAUUUACAAAGGCGUGGGAUGAAUAAACUUUUCUGUUCUCGUUUACAGUUACAAGGAAUAUCAAGAUGUAAAAUUGGUUUUUCACUGAGCAGUGACCGAUGUUAUGUAUAUCAGAUCAGCUAUUUGAUGUUGAUUGAACUCUGUAAACCAAGUGAAAAUUUGUAA